AUGGCCGACUACAUGAAGGCCGUGGGCGACGACGGCAACGAACUCUCUGUUGAGGAGCGCAACUUGUUGUCUGUGGCCUACAAGAACACAGUGGGAUCUCGUCGUGCUGCUUGGCGCAUCAUUUCAAGUGUGGAGCAGAAGGAGAAAUCCAAGGGCAAUGAGACGCAGGCGGGCUAUGCAAAGGACUACCGCAUCAAGGUGGAGAAUGAACUCCAGAAGAUCUGCGACACUAUCUUGCAGCUCUUGGACAAGGGUCUCAUUCCCAAGGCCACGCAGGCAGAGUCGAAAGUCUUUUACCAAAAAAUGAAGGCAGACUACUACCGCUACAUUGCGGAGUUCCGCAGUGGUGAUGAGAAGAGCAAAGCUGCUGAGGAGGCACGCAAGGCCUAUGCUGAUGCAGCCAAGGUGGCCAAAGAUGACCUUGCGGUCACACAUCCAAUUCGCCUUGGCCUGGCUUUGAACUACUCCGUCUUCAUGUACGAAGUGCUCAAUGACCCAGAUGAAGCAUGCAAGAUGGCGCGCACCGCCUUUGAGGAUGCCAUUGCAGAGCUUGACAAUGUGGCUGAGGAUUCGUACAAGGACUCGACGCUGAUUAUGCAGCUGCUGCGAGACAACUUGACCCUCUGGACUUCCGACCAGGAAGCCGGAAAUUGCCUGGAGCGAGAGUCAUGUCGUGCAGACUUCCAAAGAUGUUGCUCGCGGGAGCCUCAAAGCUGCUUUGCUUUCGCCAUGCCGCGCGACAAGGACGUGUACUUUGCCAAGUUGGCCGAGCAGGCUGAAAGGUAUGAUGAAAUGGCCGACUACAUGAAGGCCGUGGGCGACGACGGCAACGAACUCUCUGUUGAGGAGCGCAACUUGUUGUCUGUGGCCUACAAGAACACAGUGGGAUCUCGUCGUGCUGCUUGGCGCAUCAUUUCAAGUGUGGAGCAGAAGGAGAAAUCCAAGGGCAAUGAGACGCAGGCGGGCUAUGCAAAGGACUACCGCAUCAAGGUGGAGAAUGAACUCCAGAAGAUCUGCGACACUAUCUUGCAGCUCUUGGACAAGGGUCUCAUUCCCAAGGCCACGCAGGCAGAGUCGAAAGUCUUUUACCAAAAAAUGAAGGCAGACUACUACCGCUACAUUGCGGAGUUCCGCAGUGGUGAUGAGAAGAGCAAAGCUGCUGAGGAGGCACGCAAGGCCUAUGCUGAUGCAGCCAAGGUGGCCAAAGAUGACCUUGCGGUCACACAUCCAAUUCGCCUUGGCCUGGCUUUGAACUACUCCGUCUUCAUGUACGAAGUGCUCAAUGACCCAGAUGAAGCAUGCAAGAUGGCGCGCACCGCCUUUGAGGAUGCCAUUGCAGAGCUUGACAAUGUGGCUGAGGAUUCGUACAAGGACUCGACGCUGAUUAUGCAGCUGCUGCGAGACAACUUGACCCUCUGGACUUCCGACCAGGAAGCCGGAAAUUGCCUGGAGCGAGAGUCAUGUCGUGCAGACUUCCAAAGAUGUUGCUCGCGGGAGCCUCAAAGCUGCUUUGCUUUCGCCAUGCCGCGCGACAAGGACGUGUACUUUGCCAAGUUGGCCGAGCAGGCUGAAAGGUAUGAUGAAAUGGCCGACUACAUGAAGGCCGUGGGCGACGACGGCAACGAACUCUCUGUUGAGGAGCGCAACUUGUUGUCUGUGGCCUACAAGAACACAGUGGGAUCUCGUCGUGCUGCUUGGCGCAUCAUUUCAAGUGUGGAGCAGAAGGAGAAAUCCAAGGGCAAUGAGACGCAGGCGGGCUAUGCAAAGGACUACCGCAUCAAGGUGGAGAAUGAACUCCAGAAGAUCUGCGACACUAUCUUGCAGCUCUUGGACAAGGGUCUCAUUCCCAAGGCCACGCAGGCAGAGUCGAAAGUCUUUUACCAAAAAAUGAAGGCAGACUACUACCGCUACAUUGCGGAGUUCCGCAGUGGUGAUGAGAAGAGCAAAGCUGCUGAGGAGGCACGCAAGGCCUAUGCUGAUGCAGCCAAGGUGGCCAAAGAUGACCUUGCGGUCACACAUCCAAUUCGCCUUGGCCUGGCUUUGAACUACUCCGUCUUCAUGUACGAAGUGCUCAAUGACCCAGAUGAAGCAUGCAAGAUGGCGCGCACCGCCUUUGAGGAUGCCAUUGCAGAGCUUGACAAUGUGGCUGAGGAUUCGUACAAGGACUCGACGCUGAUUAUGCAGCUGCUGCGAGACAACUUGACCCUCUGGACUUCCGACCAGGAAGCCGGAAAUUGAGACUAGGCAGAUCGCAGGCAUGUCGGCGGCAACCACAGCUGUUGCAGAAAGCUGACUUGGACCGCACACUGUCUUGGGAGAUGGGGGGAACCCACAUAGAAACUGAUGAGCAGAACGCUGAA